CUCAAUUCUCCUAAAAAUUAUCAUCUCUUCCUAAACGCGCUUCAUCACUUUCACCCACCUCCUUUCCUUCACGACUACAAGCUUCAACUUCUACGGCCAUAACCCCUCCCCAGUAGUCAAUCUCUUUCUCUCUCAGCCUGCGUAUCACUUUCUCAGAUCUUUUUCUCUCUUCGGCCGUCCGAUCCAGCAGCUCUGAACCUGAGGCGGCUCUGAGAGGCUCCGUUCUGAUCAGAAAUGGAGAACUUGAUCACUUUGGUGAACAAAAUCCAGAGAGCUUGCACCGCCCUAGGUGACCACGGUGAAGCCAGUGCAUUGCCCACUCUAUGGGACUCCCUCCCCGCGAUCGCCGUCGUCGGUGGCCAGAGUUCGGGAAAGUCUUCUGUGUUGGAGAGCAUUGUUGGAAAGGACUUCUUACCUCGUGGAUCUGGAAUUGUUACUCGGCGUCCACUUGUCUUGCAGCUCCAUAAAAGUGAGGAAGGCAGCAGAGAAUAUGCAGAGUUUCUCCACCUUCCAAGGAAAAGAUUCACUGAUUUUUCUGCUGUAAGGAGGGAGAUUCAAGACGAGACUGAUCGAGAGACUGGCCGUAGCAAGCAAAUCUCCAGUGUUCCUAUUCAUCUCAGCAUUUAUUCUCCUAAUGUUGUCAACUUGACGCUCAUUGACCUUCCUGGGCUUACGAAAGUAGCUGUUGAGGGCCAACCAGACAGUAUUGUGCACGACAUUGAGAAUAUGGUUCGCUCCUACAUUGAGAAGCCCAACUGUAUAAUUCUGGCCAUUUCACCCGCUAAUCAAGAUCUUGCUACAUCCGACGCUAUCAAAAUCUCACGUGAAGUAGACCCUACAGGGGAGAGAACCCUCGGGGUGUUGACAAAGAUUGAUCUUAUGGAUAAGGGUACUGAUGCAGUGGAUAUAUUAGAAGGGAAGUCUUAUCGGCUGAAAUUUCCUUGGGUUGGUGUUGUGAAUCGGUCGCAAGCGGAUAUUAACAAGAAUGUUGACAUGAUUGCUGCUCGGCGUAGAGAGCGUGAAUAUUUCUCGAAUACCCCUGAAUACAAGCACCUAGCUCACAGAAUGGGUUCUGAGCAUCUGGCAAAGAUGCUUUCGAAGCAUUUAGAAACUGUAAUCAAGUCCAGAAUCCCGAGCAUUCAGUCCCUUAUUAACAAAACAGUUUCAGAACUUGAAACCGAGUUGAGUCGUCUUGGAAAGCCAGUUGCUGCAGAUGCUGGAGGAAAGUUGUACAUGAUCAUGGAGAUUUGUCGUGCUUUUGAUCAAACAUACAAGGACCAUCUUGAUGGGGUGCGUCCUGGUGGUGACAAAAUUUACAAUGUCUUCGAUAACCAGCUUCCUGCUGCUCUCAAAAGGUUGCAGUUUGACAAGCAACUUGCAAUGGAAAAUAUACGGAAGAUUAUAACCGAGGCUGAUGGAUAUCAACCUCAUUUAAUAGCUCCUGAACAAGGAUAUCGUCGUCUCAUAGAAUCAACUAUAAUUACCAUCAGAGGUCCUGCUGAAGCAGCUGUUGAUGCGGUCCAUGCCCUACUGAAGGAUCUAAUUCACAAGGCUAUCAGCGAAACUCUAGAGUUGAAACAGUACCCUGGCCUCAGAGUAGAGGUUGGAAAUGCAGCUAUUGAAUCACUUGACCGGAUGAGGGAAGAAAGCAAAAAAGCAACACUCCAGCUUGUUGAUAUGGAGUGUAGUUACUUGACAGUUGAUUUCUUUCGGAAACUUCCUCAAGAUGUUGAAAAGGGUGGCAACCCAACACAUUCAAUCUUUGAUAGAUACAAUGAUUCAUAUCUUAGGCGAAUUGGGACAACCGUAUUGUCGUAUGUCAAUCAGGUCUGCGCAAGUUUGCGAAACUCAAUUCCCAAGUCCAUUGUUUAUUGCCAAGUGCGGGAGGCCAAAAGAAACCUACUUGUCCACUUCUUCACGGAGUUGGGUAAAAUGGAGCCGAAGCGGCUAUCAGCCUUACUGAACGAGGAUCCGGCCAUCAUGGAGCGACGUACUGCACUCGCAAAGAGGCUGGAGUUGUACAGGGCUGCACAAUCUGAAAUCGAUACAGUUGCUUGGUCCAAGUGAGCUGUAGUCAUUUCUUUUUGUCCGAUGGAUUUGGCUACUACACGUCAGCCUGUCAUGUUGUAUGUAGUUUCCGAAUUAUGUUCUAUUUUUCUUCUUACUUUUUUAUUUUUUUAAAUUUUUUGGUAUCAUUUAGUUGUAAAGAGGUGAUUCGUCGUCUUCGUAUGCUACAAUUUACACGUUCAAUAUUAUAUAUGAAUGCGUCAUUAGUUC